AGUCUCUUUAUCUCCUUCCCGGUACUCAUUAGCCUCCGUUUACAUCUUGUCUGUAUCACCAUAUCGUCAGAGAAAGCAACAUUUUUUUUUUUUUUAUUGCAACUAUGAAUCAGAAGGUUGUACUGAUCACCGGUUGUUCCUCUGGUAUCGGAUUGUCACUUGCUGUUCGUAUUGCCAAUGAUGAGAAGAAGAGGUUUAUGGUGUAUGCCACCAUGAGGAACACGGCUAAAGCAGAAGCUUUGAAGGAAGCAGCGGGUCAAACUUUGGGCCAAACACUGGAGAUCAAGCAGUUGGAUGUCUGUGAUGAAAACUCUAUCAGAGCAUGUGUGGACAGUCUGCCCAUGGGCAAAAUCGACAUUCUCAUUAGUAAUGCUGGAGUAGGAAUGAUCGGCCCUGUUGAGUGUCAGACCAUUGAAGAGAUGAAAAGUGUCAUGGACACAAACUUCUUUGGGCUUGUGCGACUCUUAAAGGUGGUUCUGCCUGAUAUGAAGAGGAGAAAAAGUGGCCAUAUAGUGGUCAUCAGCAGCAUCAUGGGGAUUCAGGGUAUUUUGUUUAAUGACAUUUACGCUGCUUCCAAGUUUGCUGUUGAAGGCUUCUGUGAAAGUCUGGCGGUUCAAGCUAUGAGAUUCAAUCUCAAUAUCAGCCUCAUUGAACCUGGACCCGUCAUCACAGAGUUUGAGCGUAAGGUGUAUGAGGAAGGAAUGAAGAUAGACCUCUCCAAAGUUGAUAAAGUGACUGCAGAUAUGUUUACCAACACCUGUUUGAAGAAUUACGACCAAAUGUUUAAGAGUUUUGGACAAACACCAGAGGACAUUGCAGAGCAUGCAUUCAAAAUGAUUACCAUGGAGAAUCCACCAUUUCGGCAUAAGACGAAUGGUUUGUACACACCCAUGACCACCCUGAAAUAUGCUGAUCCAAACGGUGACCUUCCCAUUGAAAGCUUCUACAAGAUGAUUUUUCAACAUGACAAGGUGUUCAAAGCAAGUCUCACUAUUCUCAAGCUCCUGCGCUGGAGAAGCCGUAAGAGCAUUACACUGGAUAAAGAAAAGACUGCCUCUUAAGGAAUAUUCUGCUGGAGCUCUGGAUAGUAUUCCAAAAAGCAGGUUAAGCGAUUUACCUCUGUGAGUUUACUCAGAGUAAAUGGAUAAUCUUAAGUUUCGUUCCAAAAACUAAGGUAACUCUAUAAGCAGCUAUAAAUAGACUUACCUUCCACUCUUAAUAAAAGUAUGAGUACAAUCA